AUGCCACGUUUCCAGGCACCGCUCCUCCUCAUCGCCGCCAGCAGGGCGCCCUUUGUCCGUCUGUCCGUCUGUCCCACGCCGGGGUGCAGCCAGAUCAAGCAUGAAGCUCCCGCCGAGCUGGCCGCCUGCUCUGCUGCCGCUGCCGCGGCUCUGGCCCUGCUGGGCCCUGCACUCGCAGCGCCCGCCGCCCUCUCCCUGGCGGCACCACCGCGGCGGCCGCCCCCAGCGCCCCACCCGCGCCCCGGCAACGCCAACGGCGCCCCCCGCGGCACCCGCUGCAGCCGCCGUACCCGUACACCCCUACCGCUUCUGCUCAACCACCCCGACAAGUGCCGGGAGCGGGCGCCGUUCCUGGUGCUGCUGGUGGUGACGUCCCCGGCGGACCUGGCCGCGCGCGACGCCGUGCGCCGCACCUGGGGCAACGAGAGCGCCGUGCCGGGGCUGAGCGUGCUGCGCCUCUUCCUGCUGGGCCGGCACCCCGUGUUCCACGCCGAGCUGCGCCCCGUGCUGCGCGAGGAGGACGAGCUGCACGGCGACCUGCUGCAGCAGGACUUCCUGGACACCUACAACAACCUGACGCUCAAGACGCUGAUGGGGCUGGAGUGGGUGAGCCGCUUCUGCCCCAACGCCACCUACGUGAUGAAGGCCGACCACGACGUCUUCCUCAACCUGGAGUUCCUGGCGCGGCUGCUGCGGCCGCCCAGGACGGAUUUCGCGACGGGAUACGUGUACCGCGGGACCGGGCCGCUGCGGAACCGCGCCUACAAGUGGUUCGUGCCGCGCGAGGUGUACCCCAACGACACCUACCCGCCCUACUGCGGCGGGCCCGGCUACGUGCUCUCGGGGGACCUGGCGCUGCGCGUCUUCGGCGCGGCGCAGACGCUGCCCCUCAUCAACAUGGAGGACGCCUUCGUGGGCAUCUGCCUGCACGCGCUGGGCGUGGCGGUGACCGACCCGCCGCCCGGCGCCUUCAGCAUGUACCGCCUGGGCUACGACAAGUGCCGCUUCUCGCGCCUCGCCAUGGUGCACCACUACAGCCCCCAGGACCUGCUCCGGGUGUGGCCGCACUUCCGCGACGCGCCCGUGGAGUGCCGCUAG